AUGGCCGUGGCGCUGCCCGCGGACGCCCUCGCGGAAAUCCUCCGCCGCCUCCCGCUGCGCAGCCUCGCCACCGCACGGUGCGUGUGCAAGGUGUGGCGCGCCAUCGUCGACGGCCGCCGGCUGCUGCUCCCGGAGCCCGCACUUGACAUGCAAGGGCUCCACGUGGCCAACCCCGCGACACAGUGGCGGGCAAGCUUGCCCCCGCCCCCUCCCCCGCUCCCAGGGAGGUUCAACGAGCCGCCACACCUUGUGUUUGAUCCCGCCGAGUCACUGUACUACGAGGUCUUGAUCGUUCCUGAAAGCCCUUUCAUAGAGGAGAGGGCCGAACCAUCCAAGGAGUGGCCAGCAUCAGUAUGGCCUCUGUGUGCCUUUUCAUCACGCACGGGUCAGUGGGAAGAGAGGGCUUUUGUCCGGGAAGGCGAGGCCGCAGGGAUGGCUUCUGACAAGGUAUUGCAGGGGUCCAAUGCAUUCGGUCAGAACUGCAGCGCUUAUUGGCAGGGUGCAUUAUUUGUGCAGUGCAAUGGUGGCUUCACUGUUAUGAGAAUAUCCUUGUCAAAUAAUAAGUAUCGGGUAAUUAAAAUGCCAACAGAUAUUGGGGAGUCCGAAUACGAGGAUGUUUAUCUAGGACGAUCAAAGGAAGGGUUAUGUUGUGCACUAUUUCAUGAUCAGUACAUGCUUCGUAUUUGGAUCCUUGACGAUUCAUGUGGUGCGACAGAGUGGGUGCUGAAGCAUCACAUUGACAUUGACCAUAGUGUCUCGCCUGUAACGAGUGUUUAUGAUGAGAAUGCCAAAGAGGGACCCUGGAUUUUAGAAGAUGCUGACAGUGUUGAACACUAUGGUCAACAAAGUUUACAAGAUGCUAACAAGGAUGAAGAUGACAGCAAUAAUGCACUUUUGAAGAGUAAAGUCGAAUGGGAUUCAGACAACGAUGAUAUGGUUGACAGUGAAUCUGAGGUUGUACAGAGCUUCAUAGGAGACAUUAGUGUCCUUGGAUUUCAUCCUUACAAAGAUGCCAUAUUCUUGAAUCUUUCGCUUGACAGAGCUGUGGUCUAUCAUCUGAAUACCUCUAGGGUUCAACUUUUGGGUAAAGUAUGCCCAGAUGAUUGUUAUAGUCAUACGGCAUACAUAAAAUCCUCUUUCCCGUACACACCAUGUUUGGUAGCAGAUUCCCCAGAAAACAAACUAGAAGCCCAUGUCGAAGGCUAG